GACAGGAGUAGCAGCUUCGGAGCUGCAGAGUGGCACUCAGGGAACGAAGGCCAGGAGAAAACCGGUAUAUUUCGGAAUUUUUUAGUGGAAUACGCUGCAUCCUGUGAAGCCAGGGCGUGUACUGCAAAUUCAGAUGGCAAUCAUGUGUGUCUUAGUGGAGUAAUGUAAGCUGUAACAGAGAAUUAUGCGGCUAACGGUAUAAAUCAAGAAACGAUAUACCUAAGGCUCCGUAUCCUGUAUUCUCUGACGGUAAUUAAUCCUGCUAGCUAGGCUUAGAUUGUCAAGCGUUUUCAGGAAGCUGGAUGGUUCCUUUCUCACCGACGACAUCAUCUUCGGAUCAGCGUUUUAAUCGCGCACACUGGUCUGCACGGAUCAGCGGAUUAGAGAGCCGGGCUGCUAGACGAGGAAGGAGAAGGUGGGGCGGAGGAGUGUCAGCCCUAUAACGUACAUCGCAGAGCGAGCGAGCUGGCUAAGCUAGUUAGCCGGUUUCUGUCAUCGGUAUUCUUGGGAAUAAUCAUUUGAACAGCAAUUCCUGCGGAUAAGCGCUGAAAAGCGGCGCCGUGAUUUCCAGCGGCGCAUACCGAGUUUGCAUCUCACCGCAGAAGCAAACGAAACUACAGCUGUCGAUUGAAUUCCUUGCUACAUCCCAGGUUGGUGGGAUUUUCCCGGAGAUAACGUUAGCAAGCUAGAAUCCCUGAGUCUCCCUGGACCAGACCAUGGCUGACGACGACGUGCUGUUUGAAGAUGUGUAUGAGCUGUGUGAGGUGAUCGGGAAGGGACCGUUUAGUGUGGUGCGCAGAUGCAUUAAUCGGGACACAGGACAGCAGUUUGCUGUUAAGAUUGUGGAUGUGGCCAGUUUCACAUCCAGCCCUGGACUCAGCACAGAAGAUCUAAAGCGAGAAGCUAGUAUCUGUCACAUGCUGAAGCAUCCUCACAUUGUAGAACUCCUGGAAACCUACAGCUCAGAUGGAAUGCUCUACAUGGUUUUUGAGUUUAUGGAUGGUGCAGAUCUUUGUUUUGAGAUUGUGAAGAGGGCAGAUGCAGGUUUCGUCUAUAGUGAGGCCGUUGCCAGCCACUACAUGCGUCAGAUAUUGGAAGCUCUGCGCUACUGCCAUGACAACAAUGUUAUUCAUCGAGAUGUCAAGCCUCACUGUGUGCUCCUGGCAUCUAAAGAGAACUCUGCUCCUGUCAAGCUGGGUGGUUUUGGGGUAGCCAUUCAACUGGGCGAGUCUGGCUUGGUGGCGGGAGGACGGGUUGGGACGCCUCACUUCAUGGCUCCUGAAGUGGUUAAGAGAGAGCCAUAUGGGAAACCUGUGGAUGUGUGGGGCUGCGGCGUCAUCCUGUUUAUUCUGCUGAGUGGUUGCCUUCCCUUCUAUGGAACCAAGGAGCGCCUGUUUGAGGGCAUUAUUAAAGGCAAAUACAAGAUGAACCCUCGGCAGUGGAGUCAUAUCUCAGAGAGUGCAAAAGACUUGGUGCGGCGCAUGUUGAUGCUGGACCCUGCUGAGAGGAUUACCGUCUAUGAAGCCCUCAACCACCCUUGGCUAAAGGAGAGGGAUCGCUACGCCUACAAGAUCCACCUGCCUGAGACUGUGGAACAGCUGAGGAAGUUCAAUGCCAGGAGAAAGCUGAAGGGAGCAGUGCUGGCUGCUGUAUCCAGCCAUAAAUUCAACUCUUUCUAUGGUGACCCCCCAGAGGAGCUUCAUGACUUCACAGAGGACCCAACCUCUUCAGGAUUACUUGCUGCAGAAAGGGCAGUUUCUCAGGUUCUGGAUAGUCUAGAAGAGAUCCAUGCAUUGACGGACUGCAGUGAGAAAGAUCUGGAUUUCCUACACAGCGUAUUCCAGGACCAACAUUUACAUACCCUGUUGGAUCUUUAUGACAAGAUCAACACAAGGUCUUCACCACAGAUCAGAAAUCCACCCAGCGAUGCUAUUCAGAGAGCCAAAGAGGUGUUGGAGACAAUCUCCUGUUACCCAGAGAACAUGGAGGCUAAAGAGUUGAGGCGGAUUCUUACGCAGCCUCACUUUAUGGCCUUGCUGCAGACACAUGAUGUUGUGGCUCAUGAAGUAUACAGCGAUGAGGCCCUGAGGGUCACCCCCCCUCCAACCUCACCUUAUUUGAAUGGUGAUUCACCUGAGAGUGUUAAUGGAGACAUGGACCUUGAGAAUGUCACCCGGGUCCGACUAGUACAAUUUCAGAAGAAUACAGAUGAACCUAUGGGCAUUACUUUAAAGAUGAACGAUCUGAACCACUGCAUUGUAGCUCGUAUUAUGCAUGGAGGAAUGAUCCAUAGGCAAGGAACGCUGCAUGUGGGUGAUGAAAUUCGAGAGAUUAAUGGCAUCAGUGUAGCCAAUCAGACAGUGGAACAGCUUCAAAAAAUGUUGAGGGAGAUGCGUGGGAGUAUCACAUUCAAGAUUGUACCAAGUUAUCGCAGCCAGUCCCUGUCUUGUGAUAAGGACUCACCCGACCUGACCAGACAUUCUCCUGCUAAUGGUCAUGCGAGUGUCACCAGUUCCAUUUUGGACUUGCCAGCAACCAUCCAACCUAAAGGACGACAGAUCUCCAGACCUGCAAUCAAGGAUAAAAUGUCCAUGAAGUGGCUACUCUCCGUAUCUGUUGCAAACAUCCAUCAGUCAGAUUCAACAAGGCACAAGAUAUUUGUACGUGCACAGUUCGAAUAUGAUCCCGCUAAAGAUGACCUCAUCCCAUGUAAAGAAGCGGGAAUUCGCUUCCGGGUAGGUGAUAUAAUCCAGAUCAUCAGUAAGGAUGACCACAACUGGUGGCAAGGCAAGCUGGAGAACAUGAAGAAUGGUACAGCUGGACUCAUUCCCUCUCCUGAGCUGCAGGAGUGGCGUGUGGCCUGCUUAGCCAUGGAGAAAACAAAGCAGGAGCAGCAGGCCAGUUGUACCUGGUUUGGCAAGAAGAAGAAACAGUAUAAAGACAAAUACCUAGCUAAGCAUAAUGCAGUGUUUGACCAACUAGAUCUUGUCACAUAUGAAGAAGUUGUGAAGUUACCUGCUUUCAAGAGAAAAACACUGGUCUUAUUAGGAGCCCAUGGCGUUGGCAGGCGACACAUCAAGAACACACUAAUCGCAAAGCACCCAAACAGAUUUGCUUACCCCAUUCCACACACAACCAGACCUCCCAAAAAGGAUGAGGAAAAUGGCAAGAAUUACUACUUUGUAUCACAUGACCAGAUGAUGCAGGACAUCUCAAACAAUGAGUACCUGGAGUAUGGGAGCCAUGAGGAUGCCAUGUAUGGUACACGUUUGGAGACCAUUCGAAAGAUCCACGAGCAGGGCAUGAUCUCCAUCCUUGAUGUAGAGCCACAGGCACUGAAAGUACUGCGGACAGCUGAAUUUGCUCCCUAUGUCGUUUUCAUCGCUGCGCCUACUGUCACCCCUGGUAUGAAUGAGCUUCCAAGGUGGUGCAGAAAACUGCCUGACGAGUCCCUGCAAAGGCUGCAAAAAGAGUCUGAGGCUCUACAGAAGUCCUAUGCUCACUACUUCGACAUGACCAUCAUCAACAACGAGAUCGAUGAAACCAUUCAGCUACUGGAGGAAGCCAUUGAUGUAGUGUCUACCACUGCUCAGUGGGUGCCUGUGUCCUGGGUCUACUAACAUCCCCUACGUGCCAGAGUUUUACACUAGUGGCCCAGGCUAAUCCUCUUCCUUAAUUAAAAAAAAAGAAAAAAAGGCAUUAUUCUCUAAGACUCACAAACCACUUGUCCAUGUGUUGAUAUCAUCAAGAUCCUCCUGUGGGACUGCAAAAGCAUAGUGCUGUACAUAUCUAAACAUAUAAAUAUAUAAAUAAUAAUAUAAAAAAAGAAUAAAUAUGGUCCUGUACUUAUAGCUAGGGGUUGAACAUUUUGUACUUUGUUUUAUCGAAUGAAAGAGACGGCAUCUCAGAGCAAUGAUGAGCACAGUCAAGUGGUCAGUGAUUGGUUGUCGGGUGUUGGGUGACAUGAGGGUUCGAGACGAGAUGCCCAAACACAGAUUUAAUACGUGGGCACAGAUAGAAGAGAAACCGUGUCCCUUGUCUCACCCAGUAAGUCCAUCCUGGUUCAACGUUACAUCUCCUGGACAUGUUCACAGCGACAUGUCCAUGGACAGUUGAUAAGCACAGUUGGCUCGAGUGCGCCAAAUUUCUAGAUUCAUUAUUUUUCAAAGGUACUGGACUGAACAUGUUGAAAGGUUGGUGACUUUAUCCUCCAGUAGGUCCUUAUCCUUUCUUGUAAAUUCUUUUGUUUGGCACUCUUAAUUUGCACAAUGGACAAUAGACGGGAUGGGUGCUCUCUCUCUCUCUCUCUCUCUCUCUCUCUCUCUCUCUCUCUCUCUCUCUCUCUUUUAUCCUAGGAUCUCUCUCAAUUUCUUCUUGUUUAUUUCCCAGUGAAUAUUUCAGAUUGGUUUUAGAGUGCAGUGUGUUUGGUGUUACCAGAAUCAUACUUCUCUCAUCUCUGAAAUAACAACAUAAAAAAAAAAGAAUAUUGUGAAAAAGAUGUUGGAGAGACACCUAUGCACAUCCCUGUGACUCUGGAAUGCUGGUUUAACCCUCUGAGUGGACAAUGUUUUUCAUGGCCUGUCAAGUGAUGUGUUUGUAAAAUUUGUCUUUGAAAUUUAUUUGUUGUGUGGGUGGGUGGGGGGUUAAGAGAAUUUCCUGGAGCUGCCAUUUCAGAAAUGUGUUGUCUUAAGAGUAUUAUUCUUUUAUUUUCAUCCCAGGAAGAUGGAGACCAAGGGGAUUUUAUUGUGUCCGUCUGUUUUCAUGGUACAUACAUUCUUCUGAAAUGAAGAUUUUUUUUGUGUGUGCAUAGACAUAAAUGAACUCAGUGUUCAUAUUUCCCUUGUCCUCAGUAUGGCUUUUGUAAAUAGUUUUCCUUUCAUGUGAUGGGGAAAAGUAAACUGCCUUUGAAUUCAUGCAAAA